CAGUCAUACUGAGCAGCAGGAUUGAGACGCUGUGAAAUAGAGAAGCCUUUAUUGUAGGAGGCUGGCAGUUAUGUAAGCAUGUGUUCCAACAUGCUGCUGUAGGUCUGAUGACACCUGAGAGGAACCUGCAGGGGAAUGAUCAGAGAGAGUUGGGACAGUCCUGAGGGAUUGGAAAAGGCCUGCUGUUAACCCCGACCUCACCUCCAGACGCACAACAUUCGGUCGAACUUCGUUAGCUUUAUGUCUGCGCCGGUGAACAGACCAAACGGAUACAAGGAUUAACAAUGCUAGCUGAGACUAAUGUCAAGUGAUCAGCUGUGAAACGGGUUUUAUUCCUGAUCCUGGUUAAGUCAAACUAUUUGUAGAAUGUCUUUUUGUUCUGGAGGGAGGUUUGCUAAAGUCUGAAAUAUAAAUCCCAGUCAGGAAUUUGAACUUGCAAAUUGGCAGGGCCUUGCUGGAUAAAGAUUCUCCACAUUCGGUCCAAUCGGAGGAAAAUGGCAGCAGCCACACAUGGUUUUUCUAACUGGAACAGUAGCCUUAUGCAACCUGCUCAGAGAGCAUCUGAGGAGGUGUGAGAACGCCUCAGCCUCUUGGCGCCGGCGGUCGUGCCUGAUCUCCUGGAGUCGUGCGGCUGUUUGUGGGUGAAACCAUGCGGCUGUGUGGCGCUCCGUAGCCUCCCCUGUCCCUCGCCUCCCACCUGAUCACCUCUCCACCUCCUCCCUUCUCCGUCCCGUUCACCAUGACGACCCCUGUGGAGAUGCUGCCGGCCCAGCCCGACCAGGAGCUGAGCCCCGAGCGCCUGGAUGGCUGCGAGGACAUUGGCGGCCGCUACAAGGUGGUUCCCUCUGUCGUCUGCUCCAUGUGCUGUCUCUUCGGCAUCAUUUACUGCUUCUUCGGCUAUCGCUGCUUCAAAGCAGUGAUGUUCCUGACGGGCCUGAUGUUUGGCUCCGUCGUCAUCUUUAUGCUCUGCUACAAGGAGCGCGUUCUGGACACCCAGCUGAGCGUGGAGGCCUCGAUGGGCAUCGGCCUGGGCAUCGGCACGCUCUGCGGCCUGGUCACCAUGCUGGUUCGCAGUGUGGGCCUCUUUAUGGUGGGCCUGCUGCUGGGCCUGCUGGUGGCCGUGGCCACCCUGGUGGGCAUGGAGGAGCUUUCCGACAGCCCGCCCCGCUCCGUCUGGGUGCCCCUGGGCGUGCUGCUUGGCCUAGGCAUGCUGUUUGCUGUGCUCACCCUGCAGUGGCAGCGCCUCUUCACCACGCUGUCCACAGCCAUGUUCGGUGCUGCAGUCAUCACUGUGGCGCUGGACUACUUCGUGGAGCUCUUCGCCCUGGUGCUGUACAUGUACGAGCGAAUUAAAGCAGCACCCGGCAAGCCGGUGUGCUGGCUGACGUGGGUGGUGCUCGGGGUGUGGCCUGCCCUCACGCUGCUGGGCGUCAUGGUCCAGUGGAAGGUGACCGCUGAGGGAUACUCUCAUACCAAGGUGAUCAUCAGCCGGCAGCAGAGGAGGAUGCAGGUGAUGCGGAUUCGUCAGCGAGACGAUCGCUAUCGCAACAAGAAGAAGAAGAAGCAGCAGCACGGCUCCUCCUCUCACCAUAGCAACCAGGCCAAGCAACUUCACCCUGAGCCCGCCUACCGCCGCAAGCCCAACCCCAUCCGUCGCUACGACACAGACGUCCUCUCGCCGAGCUACAUCCAGAGUUUCCGAGACCGGCAGGUGCAGGUGCAGCCCGUUCCGAGCCGGCUGGUCGGCCGACCGCACACCAUGGUGGAUAUUGGCUACGACCGCGGCUCCACGACGCCCCUCACCGGAGCUGCAGGACCUUCACUAAAUGUCUAAGCACUCCCCAGUCUCCCAGAGGCCUGAACACACCGCUCGGGACACACCGGGGAGAUGCAUAACUCUGAUCACUACCCCACCCGGGUGUCCUCACGUCUGUGCUAGAACCAACCACCACUGGGUUUCAAUGCAAAGAUUCUGGGUUUAAACAUAAUCUGGGUUUAGCCACACCCCUCAGAGGAUGAAAAUAUAUUUAGGGCUGGAUUUACCCACAAUGCAAAACAUGUUUAACCCUUUUACUGAUUACAUUUUGAAUUGUAAAGCUGGAGCCGUCAGCGUGGUGCAGAGGUUUGGUUGACCUCUUUUCACUGUCUGUCAGUAGAUUCACAUGCACAAAUGCAUGCAUGCACUCACAAAAAAAACACACACCGCAGCUACAAUCUUAAGGGUCGAUGUGCCAGGCCCCACCUUUUUGUCACCACCUCAAGUCAAACCAGAUCAGGGAUCUCAGUUUCAGUGCAAACCCGCCUCAGGUUCAAACACGGGCAUCAUGAAUAAUUGAAAUACACCUUCGCUCCUUAGCGCGCUGUUUCUACUGCUGUCGCCGAUUUUCAACUGACGGUGCAGAAUCAACUAGUUCCUCAGCCUGUAGGCGUCUUAAAAGUCCAACAAAGAUCAUCUAUAAAGGGACGUAAGGAUCCUUAAAUGCAAACCGGGGACAUUUUAUUUGCUUUCUGUGGCAUCUGGACCACAAAAAAUGAGACGUCUUUAAUGUAUAAAGGGGGAACCCUUCGUCACCCUUGGUGCUGGACGAUACACUUCUUCAAGCGUCAAACUGCUCUCCGAUGGCCGGGGGAAUCGAUUUAAACAGGUGCCUUGCCCCUCUGUGGACUGUACCAUUCAGCGACAGGAGGGGGGUUACUGGCAGAUCUCCCAUCGAUGGCUUGUUUUUGCAUUAAAUGUGAUCACAGAGGAAUUAUUCAGGGGGGUAGCCAUGGAGCUAGCAGGGUAAAAAAUCUAGUUGGAGUUGAGUUGGCUUGUUGUCUUCACAGAUGCCUGGAUAUGCGAAUAGUCACGUUUACACUGGCACCUCAUCUGAGAUAUCGCACGCAACACAUACAAAAGGUUUUGAGCAUUUUUGAGUGGGAACCACAAUCCCUUAUACGCUGUUGAGCAGAGAAGUACUAUUUUUAAUCCAUAAGAAUAGCAGAAAGAUAUGUUUCUGCCAUUGUGUAAAUCUUUCACUCUUUAGCUCCAGUUGCAGAACAGCACAUUCUUCCUGUUUCAUGGGGCAAAGCAAUCAAAAUCUGACCAGUUUUAAAACGUGCAAAAGAAGCGGGACAGAGCUAAAGAUCUUCUCCGGGAUGGUGAGAUUUGUGUAAACUAAAAUCAGAAUCAGAAUUAUAAGGAUAACUAUGUAUGGAUAUUAAAAAUGUGUCUCCAGGCUGAGAUGCCAGUGUAAAUAGGGCUCAGAGUGUCUGGAUUAAACAAGUGGACUAGUGGCCAUAACAACUUGUACUUAGACCAACAACUCUUUCCAUCGUGUGCAUUGAUUUUCUUUAUUUGGGAUAACAUAACAUCUCUGUCACCAGUGAAAAUGUGAAUACUUUGAUAGCGUCUUUACCUUGUGGGGGGAGGGGGGAAAUGUACGGUACGUUUUUAUUCAUCCGUGGGAAACGGAAAUGCAUGAUCUCUCCCCUCCGUCCCGUCCCCCAUCAGCCCUGCGUGGCUUCGUUUUGGCUCCGACCAAACGCCCUCCACCCUUUCAUGUGCAUCGAUGUGAAAUUUGUACAUAAAACACAGCACUUACUAACUUAUUUUUGUUAUUAUUACCAUUUAAUCCUGUUUCUUCUUCUUUUCUUUGGGAUCUAAUUUAAUUGAAAAAGUGUUUUUUUCCAGUGGGAUAUUUAUAUGCCGAUUUCUUUAUUUAUUUCUCGAGCCCUUCUGUAAAGGAGAGUCCAAUGUCAUCAUUGUAGGCCAGUAACUCCAUGCUUUAAAACAAACAAACAUUUGAAUUAUGACUAUGAUUAUUAAAGCAUGUGUUCCUAUGGGCCUGUAUAUGA